ACCACUUAUUGUCGCAUUCGUAGCUAUUAGGCAUGCCCGCAAUAUCAAUUAUGUUAUAGCAGGCGAAUAUAUGCGUUCUGCCCCGUUUCCCACAACAAACGACCCCGCCAUCUCGAUCACCCAUGCCUUGCUUCCGGACUUUUAACGCCUCGGUUCGCCUGUUCAUGAACGCUGCUUCCCUGUCCCCGGCCCUCGCUCUCGCCCCUACUCUUGCCCUUGCCUUCGCCUUCGCCCACGCCCCCGCUCUUAUCCUCGCCCACGCCACGGCCCUCGGACGGUGUGCCGCCCUGUGUUUCAAGGGGCCAACGCAAGCUUGAGGGCCCAGGUCUUCGGUCUUCGGAAGACUGAAUGACUAGUGUCGAGGAGCCUUCUUGAAAAAUUGUAUGACCUGAUCCGGCGGGUUCAUCUGGCAGGUUUGAUAGGGCAGCCAAUCCCGCUGGCUGUAGCGGCAACAAGCCGGGUGGCCUUGCCAGUCUGAUGAUCUUCGGGAGCAGAUUGCACUCGGCGUAGUGGCGGCCUGCGUACCAGCUGCCGUGCCCAGUCCAGGGGCAGUCAUCGACUUCGCAAGUGGAGCUUUGGUACAGAUGGUAUUGCCGGUUGUGUGACGUCUCAAGUGCGUUGUGUAGUUGCGCCCGAAUACAAUCCUGGUCGCCGCGGAGCUUGUGCCGCUUGUACGCCUUCUCAAGCGCAUGCCAGAGCUGCCUGUAGAGUGCGCCAUA